GAAAAUAAUGUCCGUUGUUUAUCUAUGCUUGGUCAUUUUGGUUUUGAAUGUUUGCCUCAUCAGUUGGUGAACAGAGCUAUUCAAAAAGGAUUUUCUUUUAAUAUUCUCUGUGUGGGGGAAACUGGACUUGGAAAAUCAACACUGAUUGACACAUUGUUUAACACUAAUUUGAAAGAAAAAAAAUCUUCACAUUUUAACUCAAAUGUUGAACUUAAAAUUCAGACAUAUGAACUCCAGGAAAGCAAUGUGCAGUUGAAAUUAACUGUUGUGAAAACAGUGGGAUAUGGUGAUCAAAUGAACAGAGAAGGCAGCUACCAACCAAUAGUUAGCUACUUAGAUGCUCAAUUUGAGGCCUAUUUUCAAGAAGAAUUGAAAAUACAACGUUCCUUUGUUGACUACCAUGAUUCCCGUAUCCACGUGUGCCUUUACUUCAUUUCACCUACAGGACAUUCUCUGAAGGCCCUUGAUCUAUUAACCUUGAAGAGCAUCGACAAUAAGGUGAAUGUUAUACCACUGAUUGCCAAAGCUGAUGCAAUUUCUAAGAAUGAUUUACAGAAAUUUAAGUGUACGAUAAUGAAUGAAUUGAUUAAUAAUGGCAUCCAGAUAUAUCAGUUCCCAACCGAUGACGAAAGUACUGCUCAAAUGAAUUCCUCAAUGAAUAAACAGCUACCUUUUGCUGUAGUUGGGUGUAUGGAUGAGGUGAAAGUUGGAAAAAGGAUGGUCAGAGGCCGUCAGUACCCUUGGGGAGUUUUACAAGUGGAUAAUGAAAAUCACUGUGACUUUGUUAAGCUCCGGGAUAUGCUUCUUUGCACGAAUACGGAAGACCUAAAAGAACAAACCCAUACCCAGCACUAUGAACGUUAUAGGUGCUUCAAACUGCAGAAAAUCGGCUUUACUGAUGUGGGUCCAGACAACCAGCCAGUUAGUUUUCAAGAGAUCUAUGAAGCUAAAAGACAGGAGUUCUAUGAUCAAUGCCAGAGGGAAGAAGAAGAGUUGAAAAAGAAGUUUAUGCAGCGAGUAAAGGAGAAAGAAGCAACAUUUAAAGAAACUGAAAAAGAACUACAGGACAGGUUUGAGCACCUUAAAAGAAUCCAGCAUGAGGAGACAAUAAGACUUGAGGAGGAGAAACGACAGUUGGAAGAAGAAAUAAUGAACUUUUAUAAAAUGAAGGCUGGCUCUGAAACAUUGCAGACUCAUGGUUGCACCAAUGUAAAAAAGGACAAAGAUCGUAAGAAAUAG